GUAGUGUCCUAGGUCCACUUUUAUUCACAAUCUACAUUAACAGCAUUUGCAAGCGCUUCACCUUAGGCAAACCAUUCCUAUAUGCUGACGACCUCAAAGUCGUCUACUCCUGCUACACUCAUGAAUUAAGCGAUAUGGUUACUAAAAUACAUCUUGAACUAAGUAGUCUCGCAUCAUGGUGUGCCGAUUCCUGUCUAAAUUUUAACAUUGACAAAUGCGGCUGGAUUUGUAUUGGCAACAGUAACCUUGAUCUAACUCUUGAAAUAAAUGGGCGAAAACUAGCUAAGCUCAACUCAGUCGUAGAUCUCGGUAUUAGAUACUCUAGUAACCUAACGUUCGCUGAACAGACUGAUUAUGCCAGACGUAAAACGCGUAGGCUGAUAGGAUGCAUAACACGCAAUUUCUUUUGUUGUGAAACUAGGGUUUUAUUAUACAAAGUAUGUGUCCGACCUAUCUUAGAAUACUGCCCGUUUAUUCUUAGCGGACUAAGACAAAAUGACAAGCUUAAAUUAGAGGGAGUGCAACGGCAGUUUACCUCAAGAACUCUUGGUUUAGAAAGUAGUCUGGAAUACCAUGAGAGAUGCGUAAGACUAAGAUUAGAACCCCUCUGGAAAAGACGCCUUAAGCUAAACCUAAUCUUUUACUAUAAGCUAACUAAUCUUCUCUUGCAUUCCUCCGAGCCAAUAACUAAACCUACCGCUGUCGUCAGUUACAAUCUUAGAAAUCAUCACAACCUAGCUGCUAUAGAGCACUGUCAGACUUACGUGCGGUACAACUUCUUCUUAAAUAAGUUUUCAGUCAUUUGGAAUAGACUACCAGCUAAUGUGCGCGAUGCAAACACACUUCCAGUGUUCAUCUCCUCAGUCACCAGACUGCUCAAAGAUGACAAUGCACUUAUACGUCUGACUCUUACACCCUCUUUUUCACCCUACAUAGAUAUUUUAAGUUGUUUAAACGUGUAGUUACAGCAAACUACAAUUAUAAAUUUUAAUAUUAUUGGAACUAGAUGAUUAACAUUUCUACACAGGACAGUAAUAUUAGUUCACACAUAAUAUAAAAGUUAGCAUAACGGGACUAGUUAGUUUGUGUACCAAAAUAACCACAGUUACUAAACAGAAUAUAUAUGUAUAUAUUUAUUAAUCACUCCUUAAGGACUCCCGUUGCUUUCUUUUGCGUUGCUGUUGUUUGUCUUCUUUUUUCUCUCACCAUUUCAGCUUCCAUUUGACUUUUUGAAUGAGAAUGAAUAAUGUGGAUAUUUGACCAUUUACAAUGACAAAUGAUCUGCAAACAUUAUUGGUCCCGUAUCUUUCAGUUGCCUGGUUAAUAACGAAUUAACUUUCUCCACGACGCA